AUGACGCAACUUCUGCGCCUUAUGAUGGAAGACUGUGAGGCAGCCCGUGCAGAGCACCAAGCUAACCUUGCUACCCUUCAGCACCUCGCUCAAUUUGCUACCGGAAACGCCAACAACAAUAAUGGCGGGAACGGGAAUGGAGACCCCCGCUCUAAGCUGAAAGAUUUCCAGAGCACCAACCCUCCUAUUUUCUCCAAGUGCACAGAACCCCUCGAUGCCGAUGAUUGGCUUCGCACCAUUGAGAACAACUUGGAGGUCUCCGGAGUCGGCAAUGAUGAGAAGGUGUUGUUCGCCACUCACUUUCUUUCUGGACCCGCACGUGCUUGGUGGGAAAAUGUCAAGGCUAUUCAAGAUGAAGGACAUGUCAUCAACUGGGAAGAAUUCAAGGCCAAGUUCCGCAAGACCCACAUUCCGUCGGGACUAAUCAAGCUCAUGAAGGACAAAUUCAUGAAUCUGAGGCAAGGAAGCAUGUCUUUGGUGGAAUACAUGGACAAGUUCACCGCUCUGUCCAGUAUUUUGGUGGCUGUUCCAUACCCAGACCUUGAAUCGCUGGUAGAUGCCUCUAUCAUGGUUGAGAGCAAGCGCAAGAAUGCGUUUGAGAACAGCAAGCGCAAGGCGAUGCUGCAGCAAGGCAUCUACAGCACUCAGCGACCCCGCAAUUUCCCUCCACCCAAGUCGGCGCCCCAGCCACAGAGAGCACCACCCCCUGCACCUCGCCCCAACAACCCCAAUCGCAACUACAACCCUCAGCGUUCUGGAGGAAGCAACUACAAUCCCAACUACAACCGCCAGAACAACACUGUCCGCAUCCCCACCAAUGGAUGCUACACCUGCGAACAGCCCGGUCAUUUCUCCAAGGAGUGUCCCAACAGGAUGAACGGUGCACAACGCCCCAAUGCGCCCAAGCCAAAUCAGGGACAAGCUCGUACUGCUGCCAGAAGGAACCAGAACCAGAGGAAGCCAGCUGGACUAGCUAAAGGGUACCUGAAUCAUGUCAACGCUGAAGAAGCACAGGAAGCUCCAGAUAUCGUUCUGGGUACGUUCCCCGUCAACUCAGUACCCUCCAUCGUCUUGUUUGAUUCCGGAGCAUCGCAUUCGUUUGUUACUAAGCCAUUCGCUAGAAAGAGUGGUUUAAGGCCAACCAUCAUGAGACGACCUAUGUUAGUUCAAAUUCCGGGAACCUCCACCAAAAUGGAUCUAUCCUGCAAGGAUGUUCCUAUAGAUAUCCAGGGGAAGCGUUUUUACGCUAAUCUAAUAGUAUUGGGUGAGCAAGGUCUGGAAGUUAUUCUUGGCAUGGAUUGGAUGGUCAAGUAUAAGGGUCAUAUAGACUGUGCUCGCCGAGCCAUAACCAUGACUGCUGAGGAUGGCAAAGUAGUUGAACAUGUAGCCACCAUGCCAUCAUCGAAGGCGUAUGCAAGAAGAGCGUCGCCAGUCCAGCCCUGCAUGAAGUACCCAUAG